CUGUGCUUGCGCCAUUCUUUUUUUGCCCUUCUCCGUCGCCAUACUCGCUAUAUCUGUGCUUGAAACGAAGAGGACGACUUAUUGCGCAGAGUUUGAAAACGAAAUUCACUUGCGCGACAACCUCACAAUAUCGCCGGCGCUAUGGCGCUCCUCCAGUACAAACAGAUCGUCAAUUACGAAGAGCAGCAAGCCGCUUUCGUGGACUUCCUGCAAAAUUUCAAAUCGUCGUCGACCGAGGCGGAGGAUGCGCUGGGCGAUUUGCGCCUGGACGCCGACGGCGACAACGACGAAGAUGACGAGUUCAUGGCCGAGACGAACGGCGCGCGAGGCGGUGCGCGGACGCGCGGGCGCGCCCAUGCACAACUACCGAACAAGUUGAAAUAUGUCCAGAUGCUGCAGGAUGUCGCCGAUCGGACCACCUCACAAGUCUUGGUCGAUCUGGACGACUUGCAGGAGUGGGAGCGCAACGCGCAGGAGGACGGCGCGCAGAAUCUGAACCUGGUCCCGUCGAUCGAGAGGAAUGCACACCAUUAUAUUGAGAUCUUCUCGCGGGCGGUCGACGCUGCGUUACCGGAGGCGACGCGGGAUCCGAAUUUCAAAGACGAUGUCCUGGACAUUAUCAUGAGUCAAAGAUCUAAACGCAACGACGCCGUACGGCAACAACAGGACGCGAACGUGGAGAAUGGUUUGCCCGAAUCCAUCUUCCCGCCGGAGUUGACGCGGCGGUACACGCUCAACUUCAAGCCCCUCACACCAUCAGGAUCCAGCAGCGACAAAAGCUCAAAAGCGAUGGCCGUUCGGAAUGUGCGCGGCGAACACCUCGGUCGUCUCAUUACCAUCCGCGGCAUCGCAACUCGCGUCUCCGAUGUCAAGCCGUCCAUCCAGGUCAACGCAUACUCUUGCGAUCGAUGUGGACACGAAAUCUUCCAGCCCGUCACAUCCAAACAAUUCACACCUUUAAUAGAAUGUACCUCGAACGAUUGCCGAAUGAACGGUGCCAAGGGUCAGCUUUUCCUGUCCACUAGAGCUUCGAGGUUCUUGCCUUUCCAGGAGGUCAAGAUUCAGGAGAUGGCCGAUCAAGUGCCGGUCGGACAUAUUCCCCGACAGCUCACUAUCCACUGCCACGGUGAGCUGGUACGACAAGUCAACCCCGGUGAUGUAGUCGACGUCGCCGGUAUAUUCUUGCCAACGCCAUACACGGGCUUCCAGGCGAUCCGCGCCGGUCUUUUGACCGAUACAUACCUCGAGGCGCAAUACGUCCACCAGCACAAAAAGGCAUACGACAACAUUGUUCUUGCGCCGUCCACCAUUCGUCGCAUGACGGAAUUAGAACAAUCAGGUCAAUUGUACGAGUUCCUCAGUCGGUCGAUCGCCCCUGAGAUCUUCGGUCACCUCGACGUCAAGAAAGCGUUACUGUUGCAGCUCAUCGGUGGUGUCACCAAGGAAAUGGGCGACGGCAUGAAGAUCCGUGGUGACAUCAAUGUUUGUCUCAUGGGUGAUCCCGGUGUGGCCAAAUCUCAGCUUCUCAAAUACAUCACCAAGGUCGCACCUCGAGGUGUUUACACCACCGGACGAGGUAGCAGUGGCGUCGGUCUCACAGCUGCUGUCAUGCGGGACCCCGUCACGGAUGAGAUGGUCCUGGAAGGUGGUGCACUGGUACUGGCAGACAACGGUACCUGCUGCAUCGACGAAUUCGACAAAAUGGACGACAGCGACCGGACAGCUAUUCACGAAGUCAUGGAGCAGCAGACCAUCUCCAUCUCCAAGGCCGGCAUCACCACCACAUUGAACGCCCGCACCUCCAUCCUCGCCGCCGCCAAUCCGUUGUACGGUCGGUACAACCCACGCAUCUCCCCCGUCGAGAACAUCAACCUCCCAGCCGCCCUCCUCAGUCGAUUCGAUGUCCUCUUCCUCAUCCUCGACACCCCCUCCCGCGACGGCGACGAGGAACUCGCCCGCCACGUCGCCUACGUGCACAUGAACAACCGCCACCCCGAGCCCCAAGGCAGCGGCCUGAUCUUCACCCCCAACGAGGUCCGCCAAUGGGUCUCGCGCGCGCGCUCCUUCCGCCCCGUCGUCCCCGAAUCCGUCUCCGACUACCUCGUCGGCGCCUACGUCCGCCUCCGCCAACAGCAGAAGCGCGACGAAGCCGGCAGCAAGACCUUCACCCACACCUCCCCGCGCACCCUGCUCGGCAUCCUCCGCCUCUCCCAGGCCCUCGCCCGCCUGCGCUUCGCCGACCACGUCAUCACCGACGACGUCGACGAGGCCCUCCGCCUGGUCGAGGUCAGCAAGGCGAGCCUCUACGACGACAACCGCGACCGCCGCGGCGACCAGUCCCCCAGCACCAAGAUCUUCAACCUCAUCCGCGGCAUGCGCGAGAGCGGCGCCGCCGCGACCGGCGAGGGCCGCGGCGAGAUGGACCUGCGCAGAGUGCGCGAGAGAGUCCUCGCGAAGGGCUUCACCGUCCAGCAGUUGGAGGCGACGCUGGAGGAGUACGCUAGCAUCGACAUCUGGCAAACUGCCGCCGAGGGCACGCGAUUGGUGUUUAUCGAAACGGGCGAUGAUUUCGACAUGGAUGAUGAGGACUUUUGA